CUUAUUUAGUGCUUCACUAGCUAAACCCACCUUCAAAACUCUCUCUAGCAGCUACCUACCUUGCUCAACUCUCUCCAGACCCUCUUCUCUUUUCUUCUUCUUCACCACCUAUUAACACCUAAUCACCUCUCCAUCUAAAUUUAGCCAAACACUAUCUCUGUGCUUUUCCUUCAGACUUGUCCUUGAUAAUUAGUCUGCUAUGAAGGUGUUCAGUAAUGUUUAAGGCCCCUGCUACGUUUUCAAAGGGAAGUUGACCUCCUUCUCAUCCUGCUUUCUUCUUUCUUUCUUCCCUUCUCUCCAUUUCCAUUUCUAGUUUUGAAAAAGAAGAAAAAAAGUUUUCUGCUACUGCUACUGCUACUGCUACUGCUACUGCUACUCCUACUAGUCAUAGAUCCAUCUUGUUUUAACCAUCAUUGCCUUUCUUUAUAGAGAUGUGUAAAGAGAAAAUGGGUUUAUUUGCUUGAAUUGGGUUUCAUUUUUGUUUUUUUUUUUGCCCAGUUCCUCCUGGGCACAGUAGUAUUGUUCAUUCUUUGAGCAAAGUAGAGGUGGCUGAAGACGGAUCCUUUUGGUGUUUUGGCACUUUGUUCUUUGAUCAAAAGCAGUAUUAAUUGGCCCCAUAUAUAGAGAAAAGAGGAGGUUAAUCUCCUAGGUUUGAGGAUAUAUAUAUAUAACCAUCAACCACUUUUCAGUUUUAAUCAUUAAUUUAAGCCUCCUGGUCCUGCUUAAUUUUUUUUGUCUCUGUCUUGUUCCUAAUUCUCUUUUGGUCCCCAACCAAACAUACAAGAGUCAAGUCUCACCCAAAUAAAAUAAUAGCUUGAGAAAAAAAGGAUGGAACUUUCAAGUCAUCAAGAAGGGCAGAUCCCAAUCUCAAUCCCAAUCCCUAUCCCAAUCCCAAUAAAUUCUUCUUAUGGUGCUGGUGGACAUGGGCAUGGACACAUGAUCCAUCAUCAUCAUCAUCAUGAGCCUGCAGCGCCCCACACCCACACCCUCACCCACAACAACCACCUCAUUACCUCUUCAGCAGCAGCAGUAGCAGCACCACCUCCACCACAAAAUCAAAUCCCUGCCUCCAUUAACAAUAAUGGGUCCUCCAUUCCCAAAACCGCUAGCCUAGAUCAGGAGGAGGAGGAGGAGGAGGAUGAGGAGCAUGUCAAUCAUGUCAAUGUGGCUUACAACAACAACAACAACAACAGCGGCAGCAACAAUAACAAGAAAGUGGUGAACAGCAGCAUCAAGUACAAAGAGUGCCUGAAGAACCAUGCAGCAGCCAUGGGAGGGACUGCAACUGAUGGGUGUGGUGAGUUCAUGCCCAGUGGAGAAGAAGGCACCAUUGAAGCUCUCACCUGCUCUGCCUGCAACUGCCACAGAAACUUCCACAGAAAAGAAAUUGAAGGUGAUCAUGGCAUGUCCUCAUGGGAUCUCAACAGCAACACUCGGGUUGGUACUGGUGGGAGGAAAGUCCUAUUAGGCCAUCCCAAUGGGCACAAGAACAUGAGUAUACUAGCCCCUGAUGCCUUGGGUUUCCACACAGCUGCUAAUCCCACAGGAGGCUUCUUACCCUCAAGAACUGCACCACAUCAUCCUCACCACCACCCCCACCAGAUGAUAAUGUCGUACAAUAACAACAUGGCCAUUGGUGGGUUGAUGGGGUCCCAGCUUCCUUCAGAAUCUGAUGAGCAAGAACAAGAUCAAAUUCAUCAUCAUGGCCAUGGUGGUGGGGUUAAUGUGGCCAGCAGGGCACCAGUACAGCUUGUGAAGAAAAGGUUCAGGACAAAGUUUACUCAGGAACAGAAGGAGAAAAUGUUCAACUUUGCAGAGAAAGUUGGGUGGAAGAUUCAGAAGCAAGAGGAGUCUGUUGUACAAAACUUCUGCCAUGAGAUUGGUGUCAAGAGAAGAGUUCUCAAGGUUUGGAUGCACAACAAUAAACACAAUCUGGCUAAGAAUAAGUCCCAACCCCCACCUAGUACUGCUGCUUAGUUAUUUGAUAAAUUAAACCUGGUAGAUAUAUUUAAUUAAUUAAUUACUAUCUAGCUUGCAUGUGCUUAGUUAGCUUAAUUGAAGUGAUCAUCAUCUCUAGUUUACACAUUCUCUCUACUUCGAUUUUGUUUUUUCCUUGAUUCUGUUAGUUAUAUCAAAUAACAUGGGUUAUGCAAUGUAGUUUAGGAAAUUAAACUGGGUUUGGCAGUGAGUUGUGGGUCAUGCAUGUUCUUGUACUCCAGUCCAUUUACCAUGGAAAUGGAUUAGUUAAGACUUAAGAGUUGAGGUA